CAGCCUACAGUGUGAACGUCACACGUUGAACGGCGCAGGGAAGUUCGUCACCGUCGUUGUUGGACCUGCUGGAGCUUUCGAGGUUCUGCUCGGUUACAUUUUUGUUUUGGUUCAAAUGCCGACUUUGAGCGUCAGCCUCUAAAGCAGUUUUCAAUAAACAAAUACCGUGAGGAUUUUCAUCUUUAGACAAAGACUGGAAACCGCUCAGUAAAGCGAAAGUUGAGAGUCGAGAUGAGUGUGGAGGCGUACGGGCCGAGCUCCCAGACCCUCACCUUCCUGGACACCGAGGAAGCGGAGUUACUCGGAGCGGACACCCAGGGCUCUGAGUACGACUUCACCGACUUCACUCUUCCCAGCCAGACGCAAACUCAAGGCCAGACGCAGAGCCAGCUGGACAGCCAGGUAAAUGGUCCUGAUGAGGGUCUUCACAACGGUGGAGUGGAUGACUCCGUGGCCAAAACGAGCCAGCUGUUGGCCGAGCUCAACUUUGAGGAGGAUGAAGAAGACACGUACUACACCAAAGACCUUCCUGUGCACGCAUGCAGCUACUGUGGAAUCCAUGACCCAGCGUGUGUGGUGUACUGCAAUACCAGCAAGAAGUGGUUCUGUAAUGGGCGUGGCAACACAUCUGGCAGUCACAUUGUGAACCACUUGGUGAGAGCCAAAUGCAAAGAGGUGACGCUGCAUAAAGAUGGUCCACUGGGCGAGACGGUGCUAGAAUGUUACAACUGCGGCUGUCGCAACGUCUUCCUCCUGGGCUUCAUCCCGGCCAAGGCCGAUUCCGUGGUGGUACUGCUCUGCAGGCAGCCCUGCGCCAGCCAGAGUAGCCUGAAGGACAUCAACUGGGACAGCUCGCAGUGGCAACCACUGAUCCAGGAUCGCUGCUUUCUGUCCUGGCUGGUGAAAAUCCCAUCGGAGCAGGAGCAGCUUCGGGCUCGUCAGAUCACUGCCCAGCAGAUCAACAAGUUGGAGGAGCUCUGGAAGGACAAUCCCACUGCCACCUUGGAAGACCUGGAGAAACCUGGAGUGGAUGAGGAGCCCCAGCAUGUUCUGCUACGCUACGAAGACGCCUACCAGUACCAAAACAUCUUUGGCCCUUUGGUUAAACUGGAGGCUGACUACGACAAGAAGCUUAAGGAGUCCCAGACCCAAGACAAUAUAACAGUCAGGUGGGACCUGGGGCUGAAUAAAAAGCGGAUUGCCUAUUUCACUCUGCCCAAGACGGAUUCAGGUGAUAUGCGGCUGAUGCAAGGUGACGAGAUCUGCUUGCGGUACAAGGGAGACCUGGCCCCACUGUGGAAAGGCAUUGGUCAUGUUAUCAAAGUCCCUGACAACUAUGGAGAUGAAAUUGCUAUUGAGUUGCGGAGCAGUGUUGGAGCACCUGUUGAAAUCCCACAUAACUUCCAGGUUGACUUUGUGUGGAAGUCCACCUCCUUUGACAGGAUGCAGAGCGCCCUGAAGACGUUUGCAGUGGACGAGACCUCUGUGUCUGGUUACAUUUACCACAAACUGCUGGGCCACGAAGUAGAAGAUGUUACCAUCAAGUGCCAGCUGCCAAAGCGCUUCACUGCCCAGGGCCUGCCCGACCUCAAUCACUCACAGGUGUAUGCUGUGAAGACAGUGCUGCAGAGGCCUCUCAGUCUGAUCCAGGGUCCUCCUGGCACUGGGAAGACUGUCACCUCUGCCACCAUCGUCUACCACCUGUCACGACAAGGCAAUGGACCAGUUCUGGUGUGUGCUCCCAGUAACAUUGCCGUGGAUCAGUUGACUGAGAAAAUUGACAAGACUGGAUUGAAGGUCGUCAGGCUUUGUGCCAAAAGCCGGGAGGCCAUUGAGUCACCAGUGUCCUUCUUGGCUUUGCACAACCAGAUCAGCAACAUGGACAGUAUGCCGGAGCUUCAGAAACUACAGCAGCUGAAGGAUGAGACCGGUGAGCUGUCGUCUGCUGAUGAGAAACGCUACAGGGCUUUGAAACGCACAGCUGAGAGGGAGCUGCUCAUGAAUGCUGACGUUAUCUGUUGUACCUGCGUUGGGGCUGGAGAUCCUCGUCUGGCCAAGAUGCAGUUCCGCUCCAUCCUGAUUGAUGAGAGCACCCAGGCCACAGAGCCGGAGUGCAUGGUGCCCGUGGUGCUUGGGGCCAAGCAGCUCAUUCUGGUGGGUGAUCACUGCCAGCUGGGUCCUGUGGUGAUGUGUAAGAAAGCAGCUAAAGCAGGUCUGUCCCAGUCCCUGUUUGAACGCUUGGUGGUUCUGGGGAUUCGGCCAAUUCGCCUUCAGGUUCAGUACCGCAUGCACCCGGCUCUCAGCGCUUUCCCCUCCAACAUCUUCUAUGAGGGCUCCCUGCAGAAUGGUGUCACUGCAGCUGACCGCAUCAAGAAAGGGUUUGACUUCCAGUGGCCACAGCCGGACAAGCCCAUGUUCUUCUAUGUAACUCAGGGUCAGGAAGAGAUUGCCAGCUCUGGAACCUCCUACCUUAACAGAUUAUGCAAAGGUUCAGUGGACCAUUUUAGUGUUGUACUGUACCUGCAGCAGGGCCGUUGGUCUGACCUAGGUAACUGGGUGGAGGCAUUGGUGGCAUCACCAAGUUCAAGGUUCCUCACAACCAUCUUACAUUUUGUACAUACAUACGUUAUCCAACAUUUUGUGGCCUCGCCACAAACAAACGCAUAUUGUCAUAUUGAUUACUGUUGUCCUGAUCUAUUUUUCUAUCUAGGUCGUGGAGCUAUGAAGGGUAAGCCUGGACGUGGCGGGCGGCAGAGGAUUCGUGGGUCGGCACACCAGGGUGCCAGUCAGGGUAACGGACCAAACAGCCAGGCCAGCCAGGAUGGGGCCUCCCAGCCUUUCUCCCAGGGGCCGCUAACACAGGGCUACAUCUCCAUGAGCCAGCCCUCUCAGAUGAGCCAGCCUGGCCUCUCCCAGCCAGAGCUGUCUCAGGACAGCUACCUAGGCGAUGAGUUCAAGUCCCAAAUCGACGUGGCUCUGUCCCAGGAUUCGACAUACCAGGGUGAACGUGCAUACCAACAUGGUGGGGUGACUGGACUGUCACAAUUCUAAAGUGUUACUUGAAGAAGGGAGCUAGGCUUGAGCUGAGCUUAGUUCAUCAGCUUUUUAAUCUGGGAAAUAAUAAAAACAUAAAAUGGAUACCUGUUUUCCUCUGCUACAACCGAAGCACCACCAAGUGAAAGCGACGGGAUAGCGAAACGAAACCAAUGACCAGGGAGAGAAAUAAGAGGGUAGAAGACGGAAGAGGGCACAAACAGACGGGCAUGGAGCUGGCAAGAGAGGCCGAGUGAACAAGCGAGAAGACAGGGACCGAUGCCCGUCCAAAGUGAAGGAGGGAAGUCGAGAAGAUGGCGGCGUGUGGUCGAGCUGCUGAGGGAAACGGAGGGGAGAUCUCAACGGUCUCUCGUGGGAAUCCAAAUGAGGCUCAACUCCCAACAAAAUAAUCCAGCCAGCCCCUUAAACCCACAGCCUCCAGGAAACGAAGGAAAGCUAUCUUAACUUCAGAUGGGGAUCGAAAGCUUUCCAGCUGAAUUUGAAGAACUUGUUCUCCAAACUUGCAGGGCGCAUGAUUACAGAAAGCCAUCAAACAGGAAACACAAAAUCCCAAUGCUAAAAGUUGGUUGGUUUCGCAACCUGUAUUUCUUAAAUUUGGUUUAUCAUGGGAGGAGAGCGGCACCAUCAAUCUUCUAGUGGGCCCAAAAACCUCAGCAGCCUCUGAAGGAAGCAGCAGUCAACACUCUUGGAGAGGAAAUAAAAAAACACGGUUUCUGUGCUUGAGUCUAAGAUUAAAGAGCCUUGAAUUGAAAUACCUUUCGCCUUGAGAACCACAGGCUCUUUCACAAGGUCUUUUGCAGGGUGGUUUCUACCACGUCAGGCAAGGGGAUUUCAGACAUGACGAUAUCCCACCGAUAUCAAGAUCAUCAUGGGAGUUUUUCCUUCUCUGAAGUACCUUUCUUAACACAGAGCACAAAAUUGCAAAAAAGUCAUUGAAACUAUCAAACACGACCAGCAUUGAAUAUUCAACUCAGUCAUUUGAUGUUUCAGCGAAGGCUUUUCCUUAUUUAAAUCUUUUGAAAGGAGGGGUUGUUUAUGUCCUGCUGUGCUUCAUGACCAGAUGUUUUUUUUAAAACUCUGUGUACGCUUAGAUUGGCAAAUGCUUUAAUGCUUUGCAUUGAUUGAUUCCUCAGGGGAUUGUGGAGUGUCCACACUCACACACAAAUCCCUUCUUGAGGAGAAAAAAAAACGAGGAAGAAGGAUGAUUAUGGUAGUCAAGGCUUACAGGCGGUCCUGGCAAUCAAUCCACCACAGGUAAGGAGUAGAAAAGGAAGGUGGCUGAAUAAGAAGGUUUUGAGUUUCCACAUCUGGAAAAUGAGUUAAGGCCACUGACGGGUUAGAAAUGUUAAGGGAAACGUGGCUUUAGGACUGUUCAGUCCCACUAGAUGACCCCAAAUUAGAUGUAGUUGUAAACCCAGUGUCCUUUCACACAGCAUUUUGAUGCAGUGAAUAAUUUUCACAUGACAAGCAAUAUAGCCAAGCUCAUGGCCAUAUUCCCCAGCCACAAAUCUAAAUAUAAUCAGGGGUGGAGAAUUACAUCUUUCAAAAAGGAAAUGUUUGUAGAAUCUCAACAAAACCCUAUAAUUUAAAUUAAACAUAAUCUGAAAAGUCUUUGGUUCUUGUGGAUGACAAUAUUUUUUAAACUUUACUAAACCCCAGUUACACACAGUGGAAAUGCCAUCAGUACUGAUUUGAUGACAAGGCGAUUAAUGCCACGUGAAUGAGAAACCUGAAUCAGUGCCUAUAACCAAUCACCUUCAAAUAAACAGCUGCAGCACAAGCAUGAAUGUAGUUAGAAAUCAAACUACCAGCAUUAAAAAAAAAGGACAUGUUGGAAUAUUUUAAUUUUUAAAAAUAAAUAAAUAAUCAGGUCAGGUAAAGAUGAGGUCAGUGAGUUUAGUAGUUGGGUUGUUUCUCAAAGGAUGGGCAGAUGAAAAAAAGCCACCUUCCUUCUCUGUGGAGUAAAAUAAAAUGAAGGCUGGUAGAAUUUAUUUUUCCUUCUGUGGACUUUAUUUGUGCAAAGCUGUUUUGCCGGCAUUAUGUAUUCCUUGUAGAGUUCCUCUGGAGAUUUAUGUGGAUCCUAAACCCUCUUCCUGGAGGACUGUGUGAACUUGAACCUUAAGUUGAUCCAAACUUUGCUUUUGUCUGAGGAUUCGCUGCUUUGCGUGUGUCAUGUUUUGUUUAGCUAGGUGUUAUUUAGCCAUUUUGUGUAGUUUUACUAAAAUCAGUUUUUGUAGCAACUUGCUGACAACAGUAAUGAGGCGGACGCCGUUUCCUGUCAUUAGUUUUUGUAUCUCCUCCUCAAACUUUCCAACGGAUUGUAGUUUUUUGACUCUUCCAGGAAAGAUGCUUUCUGAACACAGUAAGAAUGUACUCCUCUGAUGUUUCUCACCUGCUUCUUAUUUCAGCAGACAAUCAUGUUACAAGUAGAUAUUGCCAUGUUUAUUUGACUUAGAAAUAAUUCUGUUUUGUUGACAUUGUGCAAAUCUAUUGUGCAAUGAAUUGGUAUCACAAGUCAACCUGUUCCACUGAGAUCCUAACAUGUUAGAGCUUUCAGAACCUGCUGCCCGUGAUAUUAUUGCUUUGGUGUUUUCCCAUCUUCUGAGCCACAAUGAAUUGCAACAUGUGCAGUGAUCAUUGAAGUGAUUCAGUUGUAAAUUAGUUGUUGCAUACAUUUGCAUCCAAACCCUUAUGUCAACAGGCAGAGAUUGAGAGCUCAAUGUGAUGUAAAUACCUAUCUGAAAUAUAUUUGCAGUGAAGUUUCAUCACAACAUGGUGGUUUCUUGUUAAACUGAAUCAAUAAAAGGCUGUCAAUUUGA